AUGGGGCCAUGGCGCAUCUUAUAUUCAAGAAACUUCACAGAUUUAACAACGUAUACCAAUAAUACGCUUUAUAUUCCUCUCUAUAUAAACUGGAAAGAGCUGGACAAGACUCCUUUUAUGCACUUUUUCACACUAUUGAUGGAGUUGGAAGUAGUCAUUUUGGGAUUGAACGCUGUUGUGAAUGGAAUGUUGGCUUUCAAGGUGCACAAGAUGAAUAGUAUUCAUCAAAACCUUAAAUGGAUAUACUUUUCUCACUUGAUGGAAUAUUAUGCUUUUUUUUUCGCCCAGCUCAUAUUGAUGUGUUACCAAGUAGGAUGGAUUUACAUAGGAUUUGACUCAAGCCAGGAUUACCUGCUUGUUGUUUGCGGAAUAAUCAAACUGCAUCGGCUGUGGUCAUCUUGGUUCAUAAUUUUUGCAGUUGUCAUUGAAAGAACUUGGGCUACAUGCGCUAUAAAACAUUAUGAAAAUCAGAAAAACGCUUGCCUUGCAUUCGUUUUGGUGACUCUGAAGGUUACAAUCACCAUUUACAUGGCCAUAAACACCAUAAAACUCAGAGUGAAUUUCAUAACUUGUUUCGUUAUUGGUUACAGUAUCAUCGGUUUUUCGUUUGCAUGGAUAAGCAUUCUAAUAUGGAGCAACAAACGAAUGAUUCACAGCUUGGAGAAGUUGCAAUCCUACAAAGAUUAUGAUUUAAGUCAGCGUUAUCAACUGAAAGAGAAUGACCGUGUGUUGACAAUCACCAGAGUUUUCUACUUCAUCAUCAGUUUUAAUGUUACCUGUGCUCUUAUGAUGAUCCUCUGUAUGCAGUUCCUAGUAUUCGGGAAAGAUAUUGCACCAUUCUUCGUACUGUUCAUGGAGUUCCUCAUUGCCUCAACUCCUAUACACUUCGUGAUCGCCUUGAAACUCAUGCCGUCCAGCUACCUUCAAGUCACUGAGCAGCCAAGACAUGAUCAUCCACCCUGCAGAUGCCCCUUAACCCAUUUCACCAAUGAGGAAGAGUCCACUUUAUAUUUCUCCCAAUUCAAGCAAAUGUGGAAAUGA